CUGUCCAAUCACGGCAGAGUUCGUCUCGAGUGGGCGGAGGAGUCACCUGUUAUGAAAAAGACAGUUCAGAGCCGCUUCCUGCUGCACUAACUCAGAAUAGCGGUUUGCCGGGAGACCUCCAGCCGAACUGCGUCCGUACUGUGGAAGAAGCACGACUGCCUUCAUCAUGGUCCGUCAGCGAACUGUGCGCAUAGAGAGUGGGGUGACCACGCGUGUCGUGUAUGUGGUGGGGACGGAGAUGAUUGUGAAUGUGCACAGGAGUGCUCCCCCCCAAUCCAAGAGCUUCGGGGUCCAAUGCUCCAGCGCAGUGCAGUUCCAGAUCAGUCCCCCUACCCAGGAUGCCUUCCCACUGCCCCUCACUGGAGCGUCUUUCCUGCACAUUACAAUGGACAGCGCCAGCAAACACGCCAACGCUGACAAGCUCUCGGUGACGUAUUAUGGCAAGGACAAAGAGGAGCUGGGGAAGGCCAUCCUUCACCUUACUGCCAUUGAGAUCUCCCUGGACGUGGACGCGGACCGCGAUGGUGUCGUGGAGAAGAACAACGCACACAAGGCCUCCUGGAAGUGGGGUCCCAACGGACACGGUGCCAUCCUCCUCGUCAACUGUGACUCUGAGUGGGUUUAUAAGAAACGGCAAGACUGUGAAAUCGACAAAAUAACCAAAAGCUCAGAUUUGGCAGACAUGUCUCAGAUGCUACUGCGGACCAGCGGGCCAGCGGAACUGCCAGAGGGAUACAAGAUCACCCUGCACAUCUCUCAGAGUGAUUCCGGCAAGAUAGGCGUGUUCCAGAAAGACAAAUCGCUGUCUGUUUUGAACUACCCCCUGGUGCUCGGCCAGAAGAGGCUCUCCCACGUGGUGAAGUACACUGGGGGUGCGUCCGAGACUGAGUUUUUCGUGGAGGGGCGCAGGUUUCCCGACGAGGACUUCCCGGGCCUGGUCACGAUCAACCUCAGCCUCCUGGAGCCCAGCACACCGGGCUUCCCGGAGACGCCCAUCUUCACAGACACGGUGGUGUUCCGGGUGGCGCCCUGGAUCAUGACGCCAAACACCCUGAGGCCCUUGGAGGUGUUUGUGUGCAGCACCCGAGACAACUUCCAGUUCCUGAAGGGCAUGAAGGAGCUGGUGUCCCGCUGUGGGAUCAAGAUGAAGAUGUGUUAUGAGAACAUGAACCGUGGUGAUCGCUGGAUGCAGGAUGAACUGGAAUUUGGCUACAUCCAGGCACCCCACCACAGCUUCCCUGUAGUGCUGGACUCCCCACGGGACGGCGACCUCAAAGACUUUCCCUACGAGGAGCUGCUGGGACCGGACUUUGGGUACGUGACACGAGUGGCCUGGAAUGAGAAAGUGAGCAGCCUGGACUCCUUUGGGAACCUGGAGGUCAGUCCCCCUGUCACUGUCAAUGGGAAGGUGUACCCCCUGGGCAGGAUCAUCAUUGGCUGUGCCUUUCCUACGGCAAGCCAAGGCCGCAACAUGACGAAAGUCGUCCAGGACUUCCUGUGGGCUCAGAAGGUCCAGUCGCCUGUGGCGCUCUUUUCCGAUUGGCUGUAUGUUGGGCACGUGGAUGAGUUCAUGACCUUUGUCCCCGCUCCUGACAGAAAGGGUUUCCGCCUGCUCCUGGCCAGCCCUGACGCGGGAUACAAGCUUUUCCGUGGGUUGCAGAAGGCGGGUCAUGGGAAAGCCAAGAUGUUUGAAGGGAUGAAAGAACAGAUCUCUGUGGAAGCCAUUUUGAGCAAUAAACGUCUUCAGGAGGAGAAUAACUUCGUCCAGAGCUGCAUUGACUGGAACCGGGACGUCCUGAAGAAAGAACUGGGGCUGGAGGACGAGGACAUUAUCGAUCUGCCCAUCCUCUUCAAGCUGGAGAAGAACAAGAGGGCCGUCGCCUACUACCCAGACAUGGUCAACAUGAUCGUUCUGGGCAAGAACGUAGGCAUCCCCAAGCCGUACGGCCCCAAGGUGGGCGGGAGCUGCGCCCUGGAGGCUGAGAUGUGCUCCCUGCUGAAGGAGCUGGGCCUCAACUGCACCUUCAUCGACGACUUUGCCGCCUACCACAAGCUGUUGGGCGAGGUGCACUGCGGCUCCAAUGUGCGCAGGGAGCCCUUCGCUUACAAGUGGUGGGAGUUGGAGCUGUGAGAGGGAGGGGAAUAGCAGGAAGGAAGGCCGUCACCCUACCUCCACACGUAUGACUGACCUGAUUCUACCUACUGCAGGAUCUCAAGCUUGAGGACAUGGGAUUUUGGAAACUUGGGUCACGCCACACCCCCAGUGAGAAAAGGCUGUUGAGCACUGCAGUGAAUACUAGCAGGGUAACCUAGGACAGUGUUAACUCUGUUCACGGCAGGCAAGAGUAUAGAACACUUACAGAUAAUUACAGAUAAUUCAUCAUUUCAGAUAUAUUCCAGAGUAAUCUGAUUUCAGUUGGACAUCCUGCCACAGGUUGAAUUUGACUAAACCUAUUCCCCAUCUCUAUAGAAUUAUAUUAGGAUGAGGUGUUUUUGAUAAGCACCUAAGCAGGCUUAGCAAGAAAUCUCAUUUGAUUAAUUAAACAGAAUAAAGUCAUAAGCAUACCUGAUAAGUACACUAAGGUUUCAGAACACAUGAAUUUAAGGAGGUGCUUAAGAAGCACAAUUGACUGAGCAUUGCAGAAGGAUAAGGACCAGUCAGCCAAGGCGGUCUCGGGUCUCCGUGACAGCUGGGGUGUUUGCAGACCACACCUCCCUUCCAAUAGACACUGAACCUCCUGCAAGGGCCUGCCGAUCCCGUAACGUGCUAAAAGACGAGCCGGUGGGAGGAAUCAUCUUCAUUCUCCUGGUUGUGGUUGCUGGGUUCGUAAUCACGAGCCGAGACAUGAAAAAAUACACAAAAAUACACUUGCUACUCCAAAUGAGGGUGGUGGAUAAGAAAAAGAAUUGAGGGUUCCAAUUUUAUUAAAAUAAAAUACUGCUGUAGGUUGCUUACCUUAAUAAAGCCUGAUAUUUAACAUCAGCAAAAGACUGACAGGCCAUCUCUACAGUGUCCCUUACACACCACAGUACAUAAAGACCAGAUGCGACCUGUUAUGAGAUGUGUUCAGGCUAACAUAUUAACCUCUUCAGUAAUAGCCUGCAGCCAGCAAGCCUCACCUUGCAUCCAAACCUACUGCCCCUACCAAGUGGUCCUUGAACCCGAGGCCUACAGAUCCAUUAUUCUGUGUUGUUCAAGGACAAGGCAAUGGCACUAUGCAAUAAAACCAUCUCAAUAUUUUUUCUAAAAAUUCAGUUUGAAAAAGUUGACCGCCGAGUUGUUACACUGUGGACAUAUAUAGAGGGAAGAAUGGCCUUUCUACUGGUACUAAUGGCAUAUUGCUAAACCCAAAUAAAGUUUUAAUUUUUUUCAAUUUCC